AUGCGGACUUCAAGGAUCCGGCUGGCCGCCUUCGCGGUGCUUUUAGUGGCGUGCUGCAUCUGCCUGCGGGCGGAGGUGAUCGACGACGUGCUAGGCAGCCUGUCCAAGGGCACCGCCUUCCUGGAGCGCCAGCACGAGCACAUCAAUCUGGACGGCGUGGUGGGCUUUCUCAUGCUGCAGGCCGAGCUGAAAGAGGCAGUGCGGACUUGGCCUCAUUCGGACCCGGUCAGCUGGGCUCAGCGGACGGCGGCCGUGGAGCUGGUCAAGCGUUUGGACAGCAGCUUUGAAAACGCUGUCCCUGCCCUGAGUCAAAAUGACCCCAAGUACUAUCAAGAGUUCGAGCCACUGCUGUCGUGGAACUUCUGGCAGGUUCCUCAGGAACGUAGCAGCACUGACGCCAGCCUGGUGUAUGCCGCCACCACCACUAGCGAGUGCUAUGACGAGCAACUCAGCGACAAGUGCCUCACGCUGCUUCUGGGAACAUGGAAACAGAAAGGGACGCCGUGCAUCGUCACCAAACCAUGUCGCGACACCAUGACCCAAUUCGGUUGCCCGCACUACUCAUUGUCCCACCAGCUGCUCUAUUUCAUGAUCGGAAAGAUGAAAGGGUGCACCAAUCUGCUGAAGGGCGACACACGGGCGUCCCGCGCCAACAUGACGGAGCGCGCCUACCAGAAGAUCUUUUGCUCCAACAUGAUGAAGACCAACCAGGAGAUUGCAAACGGCGGACUCAGCGAGCAGACGGCGGAUAUCUUCAUUGAGAACAUCCUCAUCUGCGGAUUGGCCGGCUUCUCCGACUUCUACAAAUCUGAUUGGCUGCAGCACAUCCUCCGACUGCAGGACGCCGAGCUGGGUUGCUUUGGCCGCGACCAGAGCGUCGUUUCGCAGAUGAUCGGCGACGAGCUGCUGGAGCAACUGCAGCCUCCUCAUCACCGCGUCAAGAGGAGGGAGAAGAUCCUACCUGAUGGCUGCUCGAGUCACAUGACAGCCGUGGCAGUGGGUGCCCUGGGAGGAUAUUUAAACUUCUACCUGACUGAGCAGGACAUAACCAAGAGGCCUCUUCCGUGA